AGUGGUUUAAUCCAUGUCUUCUGAAGUGAUAUGAUAGGUGUGGGUGCGAAUCAGAUCAGUAAUUAAGUCCUUGUUUACUAUAAAUUCUCCUAUCUGCCCAGUAGGUGGCAAUAUGCACGGAGAAUGCAAAUUGCCAAAAACAAAAGGAGAAGAAUGUGGAAGUGAAGAUUUAUAGUAAAAAAGGACUCAAAUAUUGAUCUGUUUCUCACCCACACCUAUCAUAUCGCUUCAGAAGACAUGGAUUAAACCACUGGAGUCUUAUGGAUUCAUUUUAUGCUGCCUUUAUGUGCUUUCUGAUCCUUCAAAGGUCUGAUCACCAUUCACUUGCAUUGUAUGAACCUACAGAGCUGAAAUAUUCUUCUAAAAGAAUAUCUUUUUUUUAUUCUUCUUAAUUAUCAAGAACAGUGCCUACUUAAAAACUGAAGCGUCCUAUCACUUUCACUAUUAUAUUAAAAGAAAUGAGCUCAGAACAUUUGUUUGAAAAGUGAUUAUGAGUGAUAGAAGUGAUUGUGAAUACAAUUUGAAACACAUGCAUUGAGACUACUUUUCAGCUUUUUAAAACAAUCUUGUUAUGCUGUAUGCACAUUACCACAAUAUAAUUAACUAAAAGACAAAUCAACAUCAAUUUUAUAUUUAUAUUCUAUUUACUUUUAUUUUUCAUGCUAUAUUUGUGUGUGCGCAAUGUAUCAGGUGCUGAUUUUACGUUUCAUUACAUUUCAUUUAUGUGGGAAAGGGAAAUUUGGUUACACUUUAUUUUAAUGUGUCCUUGUUACAGUGUAAUUACACAAGUAAUUACUGAUUAUAACUAAUUAACAACUAGUACUUACUAUAGGUUAGGCAAAGGGUCUGGUUUAGGAUUAGUUGCUUGUAAUUAUGCAUAAUUGACUUUUACAUGUAAUAUGUGUAACAAGGACACAUUAAAAUAAAGUGUUACUGGAAAUGUUAUAAUAUUUAGGACAAUAUGGCUGUAUAGGGUACAUACAAAUAUUAGGUAUAAAAGCAGAGGUGUAUUUAUGGUUUAUGCACCAGUUGUAAAUCUCUGCCCUCCUGUUCAUCUUGUUAAUUUGGUCAUGUUUUUUUUUUGUUGUUGUUGUUGUUUUUUUUUGUUUGUUUUUAUCUGUUUGUGCAUUUAUUUUUUACGUGGCUGACCUCUCAUUAAAUAUGUCUUAAGCAUUUUUAUUAGUCAUUAGUUUUUUUUAUACAUGUCCCCAACAAAACCUAUAGCAGGUUGUAUUAAUUGUAUGUAACUGAUUAAUAAAUAAGUUAAAAUACAUACAUUUGAUGAAUUAUUUUCAAGAGUUCAGCAGAAAGCAGUUCCUAUGUUGUUGUCGUGCACGCGCGCACGGCUGUUCCUGUCAAACAAGCGCGCGCUUACCAAGGGAAGAUCAGACGAGAUGCGCUCCCGCAUCUAGAAUAACAACCUUGAUCGUUACAGCACCGCCUGACAUCCAACGAACGGAAUCAGCUGUCCACCGGACAACUAAUACCGAAUAAACACAACCGAAUUGCAUGAAACACGUGUGAUAUUUUGUUUUUCUGCGUUGAGUUCCGCAGCGUCAAGAAAAUCGAUCUGGUGCAUCUGAAACAGGAUAACCAUGUCACUAUAUCCGUCUCUAGAAGACAUGAAGGUGGAUAAGUUCAUGCAGGCACAGAACACCCCCUCCGCCAGCCCAUCAAAAGCAUUGCCUCUUCCUGAAUCUUCCAUAACCCAGUAUGAGUCGAGCAUCACUUACUAUGAGUCAAAAACUGAAGAGAUGGGUGCCUCUGGCAGAUUGUAUCCUGAGCUUCAUGAGUUUAUGGGCCUAAAUCUCAGUGUGGAUGCUCUACAGGCAUUUUCACCUUCAGUCCCUGACCAGACCAGUGGGGCUCUCAGUGUGCGCACGACUGGCAUGAGCUGGGCAGCAGCCCCUAUAACAGGAAGUGACAUUGGGGUGAAGAGGGCUGAGAUUCGGCAGGGCGUGAGGGAGGUGGUGCUGUGCAAAGACAUGGACGGGAAGAUUGGCCUCCGUCUAAAAGCCAUAGACAAUGGUGUGUUUGUGCAGUUAGUGCAGGCCAACACUGCUGCAGCAUUGGCUGGGCUGCGCUUCGGCGAUCAGAUUCUGCAGAUCAACGGCGAAUCAUGUGCUGGCUGGAGCAGCGAUCAUGCACAUAAAGUGCUGAAGAACGCCAGUCCAGAGAGGAUCACACUGGCUGUACGAGACAGGCCUUUGGAGCGAACUGUUACUCUUCACAAGGACAUGAGCGGACAGCUUGGCUUUAUAUUUAAGAAGGGCAUAAUCAGCUCAAUAGUGAAAGACAGUUCAGCAGCACGUAACGGACUCCUCACUGAUCAUCACAUCUGUGAAAUCAAUGGGCAGAAUGUUAUUGGACUGAAGGACUCUCAAAUCUUAGACAUCCUUAAUUCCAGCGGGGGUGUUGUCACGGUAACGGUGAUGCCGGUGGUUAUCUUUGAACACAUGAUGAAAAGGAUGUCCAGCAGUAUUGUGAAGUCACUAAUGGAUCACUCUAUUCCUGAGGUGUAGGAUGGUUCAGAACAGAUCGGAUCGGACUGUACAGCUGAGGAUGAUUUGGAUUUUGUUAUGUGAUGUCAGUUUGGAAGGGUCACAUUUAGUCUGGAGUACAACUACAGUUGUGUGUCUGCGGUCAUGUGUGAUUUUGUGCAUGUGUGAGAGAGAUAAGCGGCAAAGAAACACAGCUAAGGAGAACUUGAGAGAUAUUUGUUUUACAUUUUUAUUUAAAGGACUAGUUAGCCCAAAAAUGGAAAUUCUAAUCAUUAUUUACUCCCCCUCAAUUCGUUCCAAAUAUGUAUGACUUUCUUUCUACCGUGGAACACGAAACGAGAUGUUAAGCAGAAUGUUCAAGCUGCUCUUUUCCAUACAAUGAAAGCGAAUGAGGACUAGGGCUGUCAAGCUCCAAAAUGACAUUAAAGAACCUUAAAAGUACCAUAAAAGUAGUCCAUUUGACUCGUGCACUAUAUUCCAAGUCUUCUAAAGUCAUACCAUAGUUUUGCGUGAAGAACAGAUUGAAAUUUUAGUCGUUAUUUACUGAAAAUCUUUCCCUCAGCUGUAGCUCUCAAAUCUAAUUUGCACUUCUGUGUAAUCAAUCUGGAGUUUUUUUGCGAUCGAUUAUGACACGUGGCAAGUGGUUUAUUUCAAUAUAGGUGAACGGAAAUUAGAUUUCAGAAUGAGGGGUUGAUUUUCAGUGUAUAAAAAUGCCUUCAGAGGACUUGGAAUAUAGUGCAUGAGUUCUAUGGACUACUGCUAUGGUACUUUUAUUAUGCUUUUCAUUGUAAUUUUCUGCAUGCAUUUUCUGCCAAACAUCUUGUGUGUUCCAUUGAAGAAUGAAAGUAAUACAGGUUUCGAGCGACAUGGGACAUGAGGGCAAGUUUUUGCGUGAACUAUCCCUUUAAUUCCUCUCUUUCAUCAUUAGACACAUUGUGUGAUGCCUGAAGCUUAUUUCAAUUUCUCUGUUUUUAAAACAUCUCAUAAAACAUCACUUAAAAUGAUCAGCUAAAUGAAUUACAGCUUGCUCAUGUUUUAAACUUUUCAGUAGUAAUAAUGUUGCAGGUACAAAUGCCACUCAAAACUAUGCACUACUGAAGAGAGUUUUGAACGAACAAACAGUAGAGUAUUCGGAUAUUAAAUUAAGUUCAUUUCGAAUUAUUAUACUAGGACGCUUUCUGUCUCCUAGAGAUGAAUGUAGUUUGGUGGGAAAGUGCAAAUCAAUCCCAGAACAACAGCAAAGGACCUUGUGAAGAUGCUGGAGGAAACAGGUAGACAAGUAUCUAUAUCCACAGUAAAACAAGUCCUAUAUCGACAUAACCUGAAAGGCUGCUCAGCAAGGAAGAAGCCACUGCAGGACAUUAUACUGCAGGAUAUUGUGUUUGUGGCCCUGUUUUCUUGUGUUUAUGUGUGUGUGGUGUUUGUGAUUUUGCUUUCCCCACUUAAACUGUUCGUCAUUUAACUUGGUUGGUCUGCAGGUGGCAGGUGCAUGUUCAAAUGAUAACAGCUUUUUGUUUUAUCUUUAAGGGAUUUUCAGGAAAACUUACUAAGCUACUUAAUGUCAUAAGAUAGCAUUGUCUCAUAAAUUAAUUUUGACCAUCAGUUUUUAAAGUUUAGGGAAAUGUUACUUUCACUUAUUACCCAUGCAAUGGUACUAGGAAGGAAUAUAUAGAUUCAAGGCAUAUACGUUGUGCUUAUUAGCAUUUUUGAGGGACACAGCCACCUUUUAAUUUAAUAAAACAGAUAUAGGCUACAAAUUGUAUAGACAGUUAAGUCUCACCAUUACAGAUGGAAAUAAUUCAAUUAAUAUCAUAUUGCAUUUUAAUUUACACAGUGCUUUUUUGCCACUCAAAUAGUUAAUUAGUGAAAUUUGAAUUCCGAUUGAAGGUUAUGUCAAAAUGUUUUGAUAUUAUGGAAAUAAAUUAAAUAAAUGUAAAUAAAUACGGCAUAUCAUCUCUGCUGUCCCAUUCAAUUGAGUGUCAUUCUACUUCUACUAGAAAUGUGCAGUACAUGUAAGUUUUUUUUUUUUUUUUUUUUUUUUGUCAAAGCACAUGGCUUUUAAAGUAAAAAAAAAAAAAAGAUAAAUGGGAAAAUUGUGGAAAAUGUUGUCCUGAAAUUUAUAUACAGCAAAAAUGAGGCAAAUUAUAUAGAUAGAAUCGUCAUUUGUUUGCAGGUGAUAUUUUGUUGAUAUUUUGUGCAUUAUAUAAUAAUGCAGUGGCAUUCGUACAAAUAUUUGUUGGGACUGUAUUUAGGAUAUGCAUUGAUUAAAGCUGCUGUAAGCAAUUAUUUUAAUGAAAUGACAAGCAGAAAAUGUUAUUGUCAAUUUGCUACCGUUGCUGUUUGCACCUUUCCAAAAUAAAAUAGUUUAGCAACAC